AUGGGCAACGUGCUGGCCACCUCUGCGCCUUCGCCGCCACUACCUGGCGGACAGUCCUUUUCGCAGUUUCUGCCACCGGAGAACCCGUCCGGCGGCGAUGCAUCGCCGAAAGAUGCACUCAGCUCGCAACCAGAGACCAAUCCCGGAACAAUGGAGGAACUGCAUCGAAAGUGCAAAGACAUUUUCCCUAUGCCUUUUGACGGCGCCAAGGUUGUGAUAAACAAGAUGCUUAGCAAUCACUUUCAAAUAAGCCACAACAUCAUCAUGAGCGGCGGCAUCAAUCCGCCCGGAUACCGCUUCGGCGCUACCUACAUCGGCACACGCCAGCUGUCACCCAGCGAAGCGUACCCAAUCUUCUUCGGCGAAAUUGAUCCCACGGGCAAUGUCAGCUCGCGCAUCAUUCAUCAGCUGGGCGAGCGCACCAAGGUGCAGGUGACGGCACAGUUCCAGAACAGCAAGUGCGUCAUGGGACAGCUCACCACCGACUACAACGGCCCCUUCUACACUGGAUCUCUGGUGCUGGGCAAUGUUGACCCCAUCAACGCCUCAGGCAUCGCCGUCGCUAGCUACCUUCAGAAUGUCACUAAAAGCCUUUCCCUCGGUGCCGAGCUGGUCACGCAGUACAACUCACCGCAGGUCAACUCCGUCCUCUCCAUUGCCGGUCGCUACACCUCGCCCAGCGACUUCAUUGUCAGCGGCACCUUGAACAAGUCGGGCGUUCAGCUGUGCUACUACCAGAAGAAAAAUGAAAAUCUUCAGCACACCGUUGCUCUUGGAAAACCUUUACACACAAAACCGCCAAAUGAACCAUUUAAAUGCACAAUAAUACUAAACUUUGAUUCUGUGGUCACUGAAGCAAGUAAUCAACAACAGCAACAAACAUGA